AUGGAGAAAUCCUUCUCUUCCCUCAAGAGGAAACGUUCUAAGAAAUUAUCCAAGACCAAAUUAAGCAGUAGAAGUAAGAAGAGUAAGAAAAAUAAAUUCAAGAAGGUUCGCCGUCGUGAGGUCUCUCUUUCGAGUUCUGACUAUGAUGAUUCAAGAAGUUUGGACAUAUCAGCUUCUUUUAGUUCUGAAGAUAACAGAAGAAAAAGGGAUAGGUCUCACACAAGAAAAGAUGUGAAAGGCCAUAAGAGGAAAGCUCGGGGACGAUCUUACAGUCGUGACAGCAGUGAGGACUCUCAUUAUGCUAGGAAGAAAAAAAAGGCAAAGAGGAAAAAUGAGCGUGAUGAGGCAAAGAAGAAACCUUCCCAGAAGAAAAAGAUUAGAAGAGAAGCAAGUGUUGAUUGGAUGCGCAGCAGAUCACAGAGUUGCUCCACAUGUCAGGAUGAGAGUAUUAACGGUGAUGACUGUCGAUAUAAGAAUCACAGGGGAAGAUCGGAAAGGAAAGAGAAAGACAGAAGAUCGAGAGGAAGAAGUGGAAAUAAAAGGAGUAGUAGAUACAGGGCCAGAAGUUGUUCUUCGUGCAGUAGUGAAAAUAGUUAUGAAGCUACUGAGGAGAAAUAUGUAGGUGGGAAGAAUUCCAGGUGGCUCCGAUCAGUUAUUACUGUCACAAAAGAAGUGGAAGAAUAUGGGGACUUGUGUAGAAAUGAAACCAAGGAGGAGAUUGUUGAUGAUCAUGAUUACCCUUGUAGAAGUAAUGACAGUAAUGAUGGGGGCACAAGGAGAGAGUUGGAUCAUCAUACACAUCUUGCAUCAGAAGAGAAACUGAGUGUUGACAAUGAAGCAGGAGAUAUGAAUGCUGAUCUUAACUUUACAGAGGCUGAACUUAGAGAUAGGAGCUGCAAUGAUAGCAGUAACCUUAAAGCAUAUGGUGCUGGGACAAGUGAGUUUACUAAGGAAACAAGCGAGUCUUCUAAUGCUAAUGUGAAUGAUGAUGACUUGGAGAAAAUUCUAAGACAAAGAGCACUGGAAAACUUGAAAAAAUUCCGCCAUGAGAUGCAGUCUAGGGAAAACGCUCCUGAUCUGAAAAAUAAAAUUGUUAGCCGGGUGAAGCAACAAAUUACUGAUAAGCAGGAACUGGUUCAAGGUAAGUUUGUUGUCAAUAAUGCAGUUGUAGGAACAAAAUUUGAUAAGCGAACCCCUGGAGAAGAAACGAAUUUGCUUGUUGGGAGGAGAAAUUUAAUUGCUUGUCCAAGAAACAAUGAAAGGAUUUUAGACGCAGAUUUGGCCUGUACACCAGAGAAGGUGAUUGAUUCACACAACCGUAGUGGUACAGUCACUGGAUCAACGAACUACAAUACAACCAAUUUAGAAUUGAUCAAACAAACACCAAACCCAUGCCUUCAUUUAUUUCAAACAUCUGCUUUACAUGAACCUACCAAUGGAAAGUUACUGGUAACUGAGGGUGAUGUAGAAAGCAAUGCAGCUAAGAUUCCUCAUGCUGCAGUCCAGAGUAUAAAUAACAGUAGAUAUGAUGGUUCAUCAGUAAAGAACAAUUCAGACAAAUUGCAACUUGACUCCAACCAGGGCUCGCAGUUUGAGAAGAAAACAAUGAAUGUGAUGCGGGGUGGUGAAAUGGUACAGGUUAGCUACAAGGUCUAUAUCCCUAAUAAAGUCCCUGCUUUGGCUAGAAGACAACUCAAGCGAUGA